AUCUAUCUAUCUCACCAAAUACAUACUGUAUACCUCACCUGUAUCGCAUGUUUACCGAUGUGAAAAAACUACAGUAUGGGUUGCACUUUGCUUUAUCUAAUAAUUGCCUAAUAUUUAGAUUUCAGAUAUGGGAAAAGCUGUUAAGCGCACACGCUUCAGGAAUGUUAAGAUUAAGGUAAUGAGGAGGUUUAUCACUGGCCCUGCAAAGUUUUCUUACCUCGGUCAAGCUCCUCCUCAGCCCAACUCCAAACACACCCACUCUUUGGACCCUUCCACAUCUAUUACGCCUCAACAGGCUGAACCUGAUGAUGUGGCACCAAGCUGUAGUUAUGCAUGUUCUGAGACUGCAUACAGUAAGGCAAAGAAGAGAGAGCUUCAUGCCUGGGAUGCAGUCAAGGAUGACAUGCUUAAGGUGUCAUUUGAAUGUUCGGCACCAUUCACUACCCAGUGUGUUGUCUGCCUAGAAAAACAUGCUGAUUAUAGGUGCAUUGAGUGCAGCACCACUGCAGUGUUUUGUGAGGCUUGUCUGAAGAGGACUCACAGAAAUUCACUGCAUCUUCCUGAUAAGUGGAAUAAUGCCUACUAUGAGCCAUCCUCCCUGGGGUUAUUCCUAUAUUUACCUGAAGGCCAUAACACCCAUACUGUGUACACAAAGGACAUGAAGGUCAUUGUUAGCACAGGACGGCUCUGCACUGUCACAGUCAAAAUGUGUGCGUGUGAACCAGAAACCUGCACACUGCUAAGGUAUGGGCUCUGGCCAGCAACAGCCGACAAGCCCCAGACAGCCUUCUCUAUCUCUCUGCUUGAGCUUUUUGUUUGUCUGUCACUGGAGUGUCAGGUUUCUGUUGAGGGUUUUUGCAACACCCUGCGCUGGAAAAAUAACCUCACACUUGCAGAGGUCAACACCCUUUACAGAGCCCUGGUGGGAGAAUCCAUAUCCCAUUUUAGGCAUCACCACUUCAGACAAAGAAGUUUGGUAGAUGUUUGCCCACAAUUAGAUGAUGGGACCACAUGCCCAGCAUGUCCAAAGGCGGAUGGAGAUAUGAUCGUGACAUUGGAUGCCAACUUUGGCCUUGUGAGGAAGCAAAGCUCAGGGACAAGUGCGGUUGAGCCAUUACAUGGAACCCGCAUGUUUGUUGAUGAAAAGGAUGUAGAGGACUACCUGCUAUCACAUCUUGACAGCUCAAAGCCACACGAAGACUGCAGUAACUUUAAGGCUGGGAAUGUGUUGAGGUCACAACAACAAGCAAAGAAACUUGAUGUUACAGGAGUGUUUGGAGCAUCCUGUCGUCAUGAAAUGCCCCUAAUGUUUGUUAACAUGAGCCAAGGAGAACGAUUAGCCUAUCCCCUGUAUGUUAUUGAUGCGUUACUUCAAAGAUGUGAGGACAAGAACAUACACCUGCGAGUAGUCUAUGACAUUGCCUGUGUUGUUGCCUCACAUUUGCAGGGGAGGGCAUACCACACAACAUCUCCUUGGCCGUACCAGCAUUUCAUGUUUAUGGACACAAAUUGCCCUGCCAGAUCAAGUACAGUACCAGACGGCUCGAUGGGUUUGGGCUCACAGAUGGGGAAGGAAUGGAAAGGCUGUGGUCUUUCCUCCGAAGAUUUGCCAGAGUCACAAAGGAGAUGACUCCAUCUCAUCGCCUUGACCUACUGACUGAUGCCCUUUUGCAUUAUGGACGGAGGAAAUCAACUGACCUAGAAGUGCAGCUCCUGCAAAGACUAGACAAAGCAGAGAAAAUAUCGAUUCUCGCUCAAGAAGAUAUCUCAUCAGUCAUCAGAGAGGCACCAGUGUUGGUUUCUGAAGGAGACAUGGAGAGAUGGAAAAAAAGGGAGAUGGAGCUAGCCAACAGAAACAGAAACCAAUAAACACUGUCUGUAGAUGGAAAAGGGACUACAUCAUCAGACUGAUUCAGUUCUACAAGUUCAAAUGUGGGACUCGUGAGUCACACAAGGAGGGUGAAACAGAAAUUGAGGACUCUCUGCAGAACAUGGAGAAAAAACACCGCAUUAGGAGAAGAUGGCAAGAGUCUGAUUCAGACUUCCAGUCUACUCUUAAAGAUGUGGACCGUGAGCUCAGAGCUCCAACUGAUCUGCAAGGCUAGAACUGAAUCAAGGGAGAGAGCAGUCCUCCUCCACCUGAAAAGAAAAUAUCCAGAUGGGCAGGGCAUUGCCAUUAGACUCUCCAAGCAGGUAGCCAGCUCCAACAAGAGACUGAGACAGGCAAUAAAAGAAUACAACAGCAUUCAAUGGCCCCCGCAGAUGAGCAUCUUCCCUGCGACAAUUGAUUUUCAGGAAGCAUGUGAUCCCUCUUGGCAUGUCUACUUCUGCUUUGAUGACACUAUUGAAGAAGAUGAUAUUUCGAGGAGUCUAAAAAGGCGAGGGAUUGAUGCCUUACAUAUGAAGGCUCGGGAAGCUGAGGAAAAGCGCAUGCUUUA